AUGCCUCCUUCUCCAACCACCUACCUCGGAGGACUUGCAUCCUACACAGGCAUCUCACAAUCACUUUUGGCCCCCCCAAGCAGCAGCAUCAUUAUCAGUAGUAGCAAGAGGAUUAGCAGUAGCAGUAGCAUGGGUACCAGCACUACCAGCACCGCCAGCAUUACAAUCAGCAGCAGCGCAUCGAUGAGCGCAACGCCUACUGCGACACAUAUAUGUGCUGGUUUCCACGGAUAUGAUAGGGAUGGGUUGAACAUAGCAUAUUACCCAGCAACAAACUACAGUCGCUGUCUCUUGCUUUGCGAUUCCAAUACAAACUGCUUGAGUUUCGGUAUUGAUACCACUUCGGCUUGCAUUCUCUAUGAUUAUGUCAUUGAGGGCAAUAUGGUAGCCGUCCCAUCAUCAGGCAACACUUUCUACAAUAAGGGUGGUGUCUGUCCGCAGACUUCUAGCGGCUCGCCUACAUCUUCAAGCACGUCGAGCACGUCAAAGCCGUCAAGUUUCCCAAUCAACUCGAUCACGUUCCCCGCGUCAAUUGGCACCGCCACGCUCAUAGCCGUCCCUGCGGAACCAGAGAGCAACGUAAACUUCGGAUUUGAAGCCGACUCGAUCGGAUCCAUUGGAUACACAAACCGCACAACCGGAGACUAUAUCGGGUUUUACUCCACCAGUAUUCCGGCUGGUGUACAGUUUUGCGACACUGUCGGAUAUCUCUACCAUGGGCGAUCCGGGCUCUGCGUGACUGCCAUUGUGCCAGCAUCGCCAAAUUCAGUCAAAUAUACUGGCGGCGCGGUGCAGCUGCAGUCAUGUGAUGUCACUGGCUCGACGCCUCCUGAGUCGCAAGCGUUCUGUGGUGUUCACGAUCAAACCUACGGGGGUUGCAACAUGUUUGUGCAGUUCAAGGGCGACAUAAUCACGGAUGUGCCGUAUGGAUCUAGCGAUGCUGAUGGACCAGAGAGCCUUAGUUUUCCUGAUGGGUACAGCUGGGCUUACGGUUGUUAG